GGGCCAAUUUUUCUAAAAAAAAAGAAAGAAAGAAAGGAAAGAAAGCAGAGACUAAAUGCAAUAACAGAUUUCUGCCUUUUGCUGACUCUCCUUCUCGGACAAUCAUCGAGGCGAAUGAGACAUAGUUGCCAGCUCUAGUUAAACCCACUCUCCCUGGCACGCAUUAGCUGAGAUCUAUUAGCACAAAGCUGGCACAUAAAUGAAUGCGAGCCAGUAAUAAUGGAGUUGGUAUUGAUAUUAUUUUUAUUGAAUCUUCCAAUAAGGAUACUUGGCAUUAUUACAACCUGGGGGAUGGAGUCAGAUACAACAGCCUCCACAAAAGUCUCUGCGCCUAAGGGAACUGUAGAUUCAUCCACAACUUCAGCUCUGUCCAAGAAUGGGAGAGACAACGACCCUACAGUUCCACCUCAUACCUCACCAGCAACCAGGAGGACAACAGAGUCUGAGUCCCAGAAGCAUACACCAGCUACUCCUCUGACUUCACCACUAGGCAGCAGCUCCGCCGGGUCCACUGAGCAGACAACCCAGGACAUGAGGCUCAGGAGGAGAGAUUAAAUACAACUUUCACCACAACCCCCAAGGGCACAACACUGUCAAAUUCCACGAUGACUUCUCUGUUGAAGGACCAGGGAGGGACAUCCAGAAUCACGGCCUCAUCCAGCAUGGCCACUUCAGCUGAGACCCCGAAACAAAAUCAGAGAGCUCCAACUGCAGCCGCAUUAGCAUCAAGCUCCAUAGUCAAUGGAUUGGAAUCAUCACUGUGCACUUACUCACAGAAGUCAGCCACUAUCACAGCUGCAACAGCAUUAAACACAGCAGGCAAUGAUGUUACAUGAUCAGGGUCCAUGACAGCCACUGUCUCUGAGGAGUCAGCUACAACAAUAUCCCCAACCACAUUGAACAAAAUCACUGAGGCAAAAGAAUCUCUACCCGUGACAACCAGUGCAGUUAUCUGCACCACUUCACUAACCAUGACCACCCUGGGGACAACUGGUGUUGGAACAACCAUGUCUGGAACUCAGGAAGGGGAAACUACAGCUGCGCCUCCAACCCCAGCAACAGCCCCCACGAUGAGAACGCUGUCUGAAACACAUCACAACACCGCCACACAGACACCUUCCCAUCUACUGGAAUCAGCCCCAAGUGCUGGCACUGCAACAGCUCAGUCACCUGAGACAACAGCUGCUCAUUCAACAGCCCGUAUCCUCAGCUCCUCAGGGACAACAAAAUCCUCUGCCAAGACUGGGGCCAGUCAAGCUUCCCCUAAACACACCCAGAGCAGUAGUCCCAGAGCAGGAGUCUGUACUCUGGAUGAGUACCCAGCUAGCAGGGGUGUUUGUAUGUGCAAUGACAGCUACUACGCUCACUCAGAACUGUCCACGUUGUUGGUGGCUCUGCACUGCCAGCCGCAGAAAAUUGAGGUGGUCCUGAUCAGCUGCUUCCUGAAGACUCACCACUGGAACUUCUCAGGUGCCUUCUCAGGAUGCUCCAGUGUCAGCAAGAUAGAGGAAGGUCACCGCGUCCAGGUCUUCAGAAUGGAGAAGAAGGAGGUCAACUUGUGGACUCCACCUCUCUGCACUGGGGACACCAUCGUCAUCCUGGGCAUCUUCACGGACCCUCAGCUCUCAUCUCCACUUGGGAACAGACCAGCUCCCCUUGGCAAGCCUCUCUACGUGGUCCUCAGAGCCACAAGCAGUGAUCCAGACAGAUUUGCCCUUGUGGCCAAUGAGGUCUUUGCCAGCUCCAACAUCUCCAGGAUGGGUACUGUUAAGGACACCUACCACUUUGUGAAGGAGAGCUGCCCAGUCAGCAGCCAGCUGCUCCAGGGCCUGGGGGCCAACGGGGUCUCUCUAGAGGUGACGCCGGCCUUCAACCUGUUCCGCUUCUUGACCAGCGAUACGCUCUACCUGCACGGCCGAGUGACUCUGAGCGACAAGCGGGCGGGGCGCCCGUGCCAGCCGACCUGUAGUCAGAAGAGUCCGCCCGGGAGGAAUCGAGCCUGGGAGAUCCGAGAGCCGGAGGGCAUGGAGAACAGAGCCCUCUGGAUGGUGUUCGGGCCCAUCCGAAUAAGCGGUAACUGGAUCAUUUGGGGGCCUCCCUGACUUGUCUUCCAGAGCCUCCCACUGACCUGCUCAGAGACCCCGACCCUUCACUGAGCCCCCUCCUCCCUUCAUGCCCUCACAUUCUUUCCUAAAUCCAAGUCUCCUCCCCAAGCCCAUAUCCUCCUCGGCUCCCCCUUGGCUUUCCCUGGACUCCCCGUCUGCUCAGGAGAGGUCCCCUCCCCUCACCCGGUCCUUUCUGACUUAUUAAACUUAUUAAACUUCUGGUCUGAGUUGUCUCUGCUUCUCUCCUCCCACCUUUCCUGCCACACCAGCUCACUCUUCUCCCAGUCUGUUUGUCCCUUGUGACAGCCUGCCUUUGUAAAUCCUCCUUGCUGGUCUGAACAGUCUCUCCCUUCUUUCUUCCAUGACAGUCCUCCAAAACUCCAACCCUCAUGGGAAAACCUAUCUCCUUAGUAAGUCCAUUCUUAUUAGAGGCAGAAGGUUCGUCAUCACACCCUUCUGAGUCCCAGCUUCAACAAGUGGUCAGCGCUUUUGCCCAAUCUUGAAAUGAUGGGAACAUGCUGGCCUUGUCCUGUCAGGAUGGCUCCUCAAGCUCAAUUUUUCUUUCUAUGUGGUUUUAGAGUCCAAUGCCUCCAGCAGCAGGAGUUUGGCAGGUUGGUACACAGGAUCGCUGUGAUGAAGUUCUGGUGGUUGCUCCAGGGUCUGCAGGUGCACAUUGGGUUCUGGCAGGUGCUGGUCUUGGAUCCUGUCUCUGCUCAACUCUAUGACUUAGGAGAAGUCAGUUACCCUCUCAGAGUCUCAGCUUCCUUGGCAGUACACGGCAGAGUUGUCAUUGUGGAGUGGUUGUCAGUCAUAGAGUUUUAUACCUCAUCAGAACCCGAGACUAUCCAGAAAUAAAUUAGAGUAGGGACUGAAAUUUCAAGAUACAGGCCAGGCAGGUAACAGCAAGUGAGGGGGAUUGAGUGGGGUCCACAUUGAACUAGAGAGUGCAUUUCUUUUUUUUUUUUUUACAUUUUAUUUUAUUUUUUUGAGGAAGAUUAGCCCUGAGCUAACAUCUGCCAAUCCUCACCUUUUUGCUGAGGAAGACUGGCCCUGAGCUCACAUCCGUGCC